CAGUGGUAAAACCAAUAUCCCUACAAAUUGAAUUGAACUGAUAUGAGCAAAUGCCUUACCAUGCUGUGAUGUUUACAUUUUACUGAAAGUCAUUCUUGAUUUAUGUUGAUUGGAAUGAAAAGUAUAUAAGCAUUUAUCACAAAAUAUCUCUUGAUAUUUUUUUUUAUAAAUCUUUGAAAAUUAAAAAUUAGAUAAUGAAGGCAAAAAAAGGAAAGAAGAAAAGAGCAAGUCUUUCUGAUAAUUGUAAUUCAUCAAAUACAAGUGAUGCUAUUGAUGAAACCUUUCAGUCUGAGAAAUCUUCAAAAGAUGAUACAAAGAUUCCAUCUCAUUUUACUGUUUUAUUUGAUUUCAAUAGUAUAGAAUCCAAGCAAGUUUUAUCAAAGAAUAUUGUUUUCCUUCACCCUUCAAUAAUUGAAACAUACAAAUAUCCACGAUACUUUAUUGUGAAAGGAAUAAAGAAUAUUGCUUUGUGUAUGCCAAUUCCCUUAAAGAGAAUAACUAGAUACUCUAUUUUAUUCCCCAAAGAUGACCUGGGCUUCAUACAGGAUGAGUUAGUGAAGCUUCAUCCUUAUAAUGAAAACAUUAAAAAGGCUGAUGAAGUUUCUGUAUACUUUGAUAGCAAAUUGACUGUAGAUGAUCAUCUGAAAGAGAAAAUUCUAGAAGCAUUAAUGGAAAAACAAUAUUUCUGCCAAGAUUUGAAAAUAAAGAAAGAAUACUUAGAAGAAUUCUGCAUUACCAAAAUAACUAAUAAAGAAUGUGAACUCACCAAAAAUAUGAGCAGUUUAAGCUUAAGUGAUAUUCUGGAUGAAUCUGUUAUUGCCUGUGACAUGAGCUCCUCCUUGAAUGAUUCAAGACUUUCAAAAUUGCUUCCUUGUGAUUUGAAUGAAAAUAUAGAAAAUAGGGAGACAAAAGAGUUAUCUGUAGAAUUGGGUUCUUUAUUUUCCCAUUUAAAUCUCAGCAGUAAAGAAAACUCUUCUGUAGAUAAUCCUAAUUGUCAUUAUGAGACAGCAAUUCAGUUCUUUGACUUUGAAAUGCAAGGAUUUUUCACUACAGAUUUUACUACUUCAAUUUCCAUUGAUUUUGAAGGAAAUGAUAAGAUAGCCUCAACACUGUCUUUCCCUCAGAUUAGUGGUUUUAAAGAAGAAUUGCAAUACAUUAGACUACUUAUGAAUGAGUUUUUAAAUCAUGAAAGAAAUCGAAGAAUCAUUGGUGCUAUAAUGCUUUUGGGCCCUUCUGGACUAGGAAAGACAUUAAUAUUAGACAUCAUUGCAAAAGAAUAUGAUAGUCUGAUAGAAGAAAUUUCAUGGGCCAGUUUAUAUGCAAAGUCAUUGCCUGAAGCAAAAAAGGAAUUACGUCAGAUUUUUCAAAGAGUUAAUAACAGAGAUCGAAGUAUCAUCUUAAUAGACGACUUUCAAUACCUUAGCCCAAAGGUAGGCGACAUGGAAUCUCACACCAUAUCAAAAUUGUUGUCAAGUUUAAUUGAUAAUUGCAUAGGAAAUCAUGUUGUGGUCAUAGCUGCUGCUAACUCAUCUGAUUACGACGAUACAAUAUUGAAAGGAAGAAGUAUUUUAAAAGAAAUAAAUCUUAAAAUUCCAAAUUUAAAUGAUAGGGAGGAAAUAUUAAAUAAUAUUUUAGUUACUAAACAACACAAUUUGUCCGCUGAAGAAGUGAAAGAUAUUGCAGUUCAUUCUCAAGGUUUUUCUUACAGAGAUUUAAGCGAUGUACUGGAUGAUGCUGAAACUAUUCAGGCUUUUAGAACUCAAAAUCAUGAAAAUUGUGACAAAACUAUUACAUUUUAUAAUGUAAAGAAGGCUUUGAAAUUAAAGAAACCCAGUAUUGUUGAAAGCAGCAUGAAAAUAAAAGAGGUUAAAUGGAGUGAUAUUGGAGGCAUGAAGCAUAUCAAAGAGAAACUUUUAGAAAUUGUUGAAGGUCCUCUUAAAUACCCUGAAAUAUACAAACAAUAUGACAUCCCACCAUCUCGAGGAAUAUUACUAUACGGACCUCCAGGAUGCUCCAAAACUAUGAUUGCCAAAGCCCUUGCCACUGAAUGCAAUUUAAAUUUCAUUUCUAAAAAUGUGUCAGAUAUUCACAACAAAUAUGUUGGAGAAUCUGAAAAAGCAGUGCAUGGUUUGUUUGUGAUGGCUCGAGCAAAAUCUCCAUGCAUAAUAUUUUUGGAUGAAAUUGAUGCAUUAGCCCCUGGAAGGGGAAGUUCCGGUGGGUCUGGUGUUGAAGAAAGAAUUGUGAACACCUUCCUCCAAGAAAUGGAUGGAAUCGAAGAACUUCGGGAUGUGCUGAUUGUAGCAGCAACAAACAGACCUGACAGGCUAGAUGAGGCAUUCAUUCGGCAUGGGAGAAUCGACCAUUUUAUUUAUGUGCCAUUACCUGACAUCGAGACGCGUGAAGAAAUUCUUCGUCUCAGAAUGAAAAACAGAACUGUUAGUGACGAUUUGGACUUCAAAUGCCUAGCUUUGAAGACAGAAGGUUACUCCGGAGCCGAGAUCGUGAAUCUCUGUAAUGAAGCAGCUUUUCAGCUUCUUGCCGAGGAUAUGGAGUGUCAGUCUCCUGUAUUUACAUUACAGCAUAUGGAGAAAGCACUAAAGACAAUAAUUCCGAGGACAACUAAAGAGAUGCUUGAUUUUUAUGAAACUUUUAAUACAAAGUUCAUUUCAAGAUGGCAGCACAAAUGAUAUUCAUGAAAAAAAUAUUAAAAUUCGUUUCGUGGUUAUUCCUGAAAUUUCUCACCCAGAUGGCAGCACAACUGAAAUUACGUCAUUUUUCUAGAUAAAUCUAGAGUAUUCAUUGGACGCUAUA